AUGACUGGUAAUAAUUUAACAUUAUUACAUGAUGUCGAGUAUGACUCGACUUAUGAUCAAACUGAAACUUUAAGUUCAUUAGUUUUCUUCACAAUUGUUUAUAUCCUUGUACUUAUAUCUGGUCUUAUUGGCAAUUUUAUUGUUCUUUUUGUUAUAUUUAAAAACAAUGAUCUAAAACAUUUUACAAAUUAUUUUUUUGCUAAUCUAAGUGCAGCUGAUGUACUUGUACUUUUAUUCUGUAUUCCAACUGCUAUACACGAUGUAUGGGCAAAAGAUCAAUGGUAUAUGGGCAAGUUUUUUUGUUUAAUUAAUCAAUAUAUUGAAAGUUGUGCAACAAGCGUCUCGUCGUUGACAAUAAUGGCCAUUAGCUUCGAGCGUUUUAUUGCAAUAUGUGAACCAUUUAAAGUUCAUGAUAUAUUCAAUGAAACACUGACAUUAACGACAAUACUUUCAAUAUGGUCAAUUGGUCUCAUUCUUUCACUGCCAUUUUUAAUAUUUUCUGUAUAUGAUCCAUUAUUCAAUCCAACCGAUUCAUUAAAUAAUACAUCGAAUCUUUUAACUGUUUGUCAUUUAGAUGCUAAUUCAAGUAUAGCACGCGGUUGUAUAACAUGGUUUAUUGUUAUACUUAUUUUUAUACCAUUUUUUGUCUUAAUAUAUAUUUAUACGCGUAUUGUCAGAGAAUUAGCACGUCAUCGUGCUGUUCGAUCAAUGAAAAUUACAAAAAAUCAACAGCAACCCUAUGACGAUGAAAUAAAUAGUUUAAGUGGUGGUCUAGGCUUGAAUAAUGAACAGCAACAAUCACAUUCAUUUCUUGCGUCGAAACAAUUCGAACAGAAACGACUGAAUACAGUUAUUAUUUGUGUUGUAACUGUAGCAUUUUUUGCUUGUCAAUUUCCUGUACGGAUCAUACAAUUGAUUGAUAUGUAUCUGCGUGUACGAAAUGAAGAAACCAUGCCACAUUUAGUAUGGAUAUGGAUAUGGAAAUUAUCAAAAAUACUUUUUUUUCUUAAUUUUACAGCAAAUCCGAUAAUAUAUAAUAUUUUAUCAACAAAAUUUCGUCGUUCAUGUCGACGAUUAUUACAAAUUCAUCAUUCAUUAAGUUUUGGCGCGGAUUCAUCGCGUAGAACAAGUGUAACAUCUUAUCUUUAUUCGAGUAUAUACAAACAUCGUCGUAAUCAAAGUAAUUCGCUUACUUAUCAACAACAAUGUUCUUAUAAUACGAACCAAAAAUUCAAUGGAACACGUCCAAGUCUUGACAAUGAAAAUCGAAAUCUAGUUAGUGUUUUUAAUAAUGAUGAAAUUUUUACUCCAACAUUUCAAGUAUUAAACGAAGACGAAAAUGAAAAUAUUGGCUAA